AUGGACAACUACCACCCUGAAGGGCCCACCCCGGAGCAGCAAGGGACCGGGAGGCCGAACUGCACAGGUGGGAGACUGCAGGAGAACUACGAGGCGAGGACCAAUCCCGACGCUGGAAGGGAAGCAGCCGGGAAGGCGGGGGCGGCGGGAGCUGGAGCCGCCGGGAGCGAGCGCGGGGGAGCUGCGGGGCCGGGGCGCGGAUGCGCAGAGCGAGCCGGGGCGGGCGGCUCCGCGGCUGCGCGGGCGCGAGCUGGCAAAGGCGACGGCGGCUGGGUCCCGCCGCGCCCGCGGCGCCCCGCUGCGGCCCGAGGGGCCCGGCUGCGGGAUCCGUGCGCAGCGAUGGCGCGGCCGCGCCGGCCGUGCCCGGGCCCCCGGGCGCCGCUGUUCCCGCUGCUGCUGCUGCUGCUGGCGGGGCUCCACGCCGGCACCGCCAGCCCCGCGGACGACGGCUCGGGCCCGGGGGGCCGGGGGCCCCGGGGCCGGGCGCGGGGGGACGCGGGCGCCGACGAGGCGGUGCCACGCCACGACUCCUCCUACGGCACCUUCGCGGGAGAGUUCUACGACCUGCGCUACCUGUCCGAGGAGGGUUACCCUUUCCCUACCGCUCCUCCUGUGGAUCCGUUUGCCAAAAUCAAAGUGGAAGACUGUGGAAAAACUAAGGGAUGCUUUAGAUACGGCAAACCAGGCUGUAAUGCAGAGACCUGUGACUACUUCCUUAGCUACCGGAUGAUCGGGGCUGAUGUGGAAUUUGAGCUGAGUGCAGACACAGAUGGCUGGGUAGCAGUUGGAUUCUCUUCAGACAAGAAAAUGGGUGGUGAUGAUGUCAUGGCCUGCGUCCACGAUGAUAAUGGCAGAGUCCGCAUUCAGCACUUUUAUAAUGUGGGCCAGUGGGCAAAGGAGAUCCAGAGAAAUCCUGCCAGAGAUGAAGAAGGCAUUUUUGAGAACAACCGUGUCACCUGCAGAUUUAAACGCCCUGUGAAUGUUCCCAGGGACGAAACAAUUGUUGAUCUCCAUUUGAGUUGGUAUUACCUGUUUGCCUGGGGUCCAGCCAUUCAGGGCUCUAUCACCCGACACGAUAUAGACUCUCCACCAGCUUCCGAGCGCGUUGUCAGUAUUUACAAGUAUGAAGACAUUUUUAUGCCGUCAGCUGCCUAUCAGACCUUCUCAUCUCCGUUUUGUUUGCUCCUCAUUGUUGCCCUGACCUUCUACUUAUUGAUGGGAACCCCUUAACCAGGGCUGCAAGGUCAACAGAUUAAAUGGAUUGGAAAGUCUUUAGUAUAAAUAUAUUUUUCAAAAAUAACCAGUAUAAGUUUAGCUUCUGCUAAGUUAUUAAAAACAACUCAUGAUUUUAGGUCCCUAGAAAAAAGAACAAGCUUUUUUUCUGGUUAAAGAGGAUUAAUAGUGAUCUUUCUUUUGAGAAGUACUUAAAACCUUUGUAAGCACUUUCAAAUAUGUUUUUGUUUUACUUUGAGCUUCACAAUAUCUCUGUGUUGGCUUAAUAAUGAUGGUAAGAAUACUAUCUUUCUGAUAGGGUUUCAGAUACUUAAAGGCUGCCUUUUUAUGACCUCCAUGAUGACACAUAGCAAGGUAGAGAGAAAGCUAGAAACAGAAAUCAAGUCUCUGAGUGGUCUUUAGUGUCAGCCCUACAGCCAAGAGAAUUACUUUGAGUGUUACUAGGGAGAAAUUCACUGCAAGUCAAAAGUGCACAGGCAGCCUUUUGAGCAAAUUCAUAGAGAGCAUAAGUGCUUUUGGAUAUUUACACAGUUGAUGAGGGAAACAGGAGAGAUUACAAUAAUGUGGAAAUGGGUUGUAUUUAUUUUAAACUUCUUCUAAAUUAGUGCAUAGUUAUAAGAAAAUGUUUUUUUAUAGCUGUUUGGGAACAUUAGAAACAGAAUUGUGUGAAUCCUGAGAAGGUAAAAUGAUUUUAGUGAUAUAACUGGGAAUUCUAACAGAUAGAAUUUAGGCUCUUGUACCGCUGUUUUUUAUAAAGUAAGGUAUUCAUCUAUGAUUAGAGACAAUUCUGUUAAAGUCAGCAUACAUUAAGUAUGUGUUAAAUUAUCUUAACAAAAAUUUAAGGCAUUUUAAAUGUACAGCAUUUUGGAGACUGUAGUGAUUUCAACAAUAAUAAUUUUACAUGAGAUGAAUUUGGGUUUUUUUAACUAGAAAAUUGGAUAAUGACCUAUAAAGUGAAUUCACCUGGAGUUUUAAUUCGAAGUGUUUAGGCUUGUAGAUAAGACUGGCGGUGGUGUAAUUUAUAAUGAUGCCUUGAUGUAAUGUGUUUCCUUUUUCCAGAGGAACCAAAUGUUCCUUUCUAUGACAUGCCCAUGCUCACAGCCUAUUUAGAUCUUUCUGAGCGUAGUUACGCUUCUGGGACAGUUCUGUUGUGAUGUCUUGAGUUCUCUGUGUUACUUGGUGAUUAAGCCACACUGGAGCCUGCAAUUUCUAAAGCUGUCUCCAAGAUUCAUAUCAGAGGUGAAAGUCUGUCCAUGGGGAAAGCUUUUAAAUUCUUCGGGACCUGAACCAAAUAAGGAAAACUGCGCAGUUACCACGUGCUUCCAAGGGUUGUUGGAGAACUGCUCCUCACUACAGAUGGGAAGAGAUGAAAUGACAUCAGGUGAGCCAGGGAAUGCGGAGUGAUGCAGACAUGAGGUUCAAGUCCACAGCUCCCUUGACUGCCACUGCCCCUACACUAAGCUGUCUGGUCAGGGCCCAGCAGGGCCUGUGUAGCACCUUUUCAGUGACUGGUUAGGAGCGAGGAUACUGAGUAUGCAGGCACUUAGACUGUAAAUCAGAAAGCACAUAUUUUUAUAUUUUACUCUCAUGUGCAUAAUAUUUGAGCUAUAUAUGGGUUAAAACAAAAGAGAGACUUCAGUUAGCAACAAGAAGGGAAGAAAUACAUGAGUGGGGUUUCCUUCUGCUUACAUUUCAGGUCAAGCUACUUAUUUCACUAAUUGCACAUUACCAGUUUUGCAUAUUGAUACUUAGAACACUCAAUGACUUGCCAUUGCUUUUAGUAAAACACAAAACGUUUGCCGAACUCCAAUAUUGAUCCUUCUUCCCCACUGCCGUAUCCCAGCAAGACCGAAGGGCUCUCAAGUCUACAGAUUUUGUAUCUUUUUUCCCCGCAGUGUUGUGCAUUGAACCCAGGACCUCGUGCAUGUGCAUGCCAGGGAAACGUUUCACUGCUGACUCCACCCUAGCCCCAGUCCUGCUGUCUGUCACGCUCCAUGUGUUCAGACAUUCUCCGCCCUCUCUGUGUGAUAAAGUAUUACUCAUCUUUCACAUCACAGCGUCAUUAUUUUGUCCUCCAGUCCCCUAGACUAGGAAAGUUUAGGACCCUGCCCUGUGCUCCCCGUGCUUACUGGGAUUUCUCAUUGUACUUCAUAAUAACUGCUGGUUUUGUCCUUCCUGCUAAUUCCGUAAUGCAAGCGCCCUUUCGUCUCUGCAGCAGGCCUACUCCACAGUAAGCACUGAGACAAUAUUUGUGAAAUCAGUAAAUGUAUAUGAAACAAAUGAAUAUAUGUUGUCAUGACAAAUGUGUCUGGUCCAGAAAGCCUGUAUUUCAUAUAAGUUAUCAGACUAAUCAAGAUUUUUAUAUUUUUUCUCCUGUGGCCAACUAUUCUUUUACUAAAUUCUGAACUUUGUGUUUUGAAACAUAAAUAGAAAAUAAUUAGUAAAAAUGCUGCAUUGCCCAACAAUGAACGUUAGUUGACAUUUUAAAACAAUAAUCAUUGUGCAGAAAUAAGAGUUCAUAGACUGGGUUAUCAAAUAGCAGUUGGCAUCUUCUCAGAGAACUAUCAAUUCAUAGACAGGCCGAAGUUAAAACUCCAUGGAGUUUGACUUCAUUCAUUCUUACCUAAUAGGGUAAGAAUGUUUUUAAUUUUUAGUUUACCUCUGUAUUCCUAUUUUCUAAUAUAAUAUUGGUUACAGAGACGUUGCUCAACCCAUGUUUUUGUAAAGUGUCUGAAUGGAAUAUUAAUAAUGCCAGCUAAAUGUGUUUAGUGCUGUCCUAAGCACAUCACAUGGAUGAAUUUAUUUAAUUCUCACAACCACAGGAAGAUUCAAGUACUACAAUUUCACAGAUAAAUAAACUGAAGCUAGUGAUUUGAUAUAAGUUGUCAGGACUGGUGAGGACUUUAGAGACCACUUAAUAAAUCCAGCAAAACCUGGGAAUUCCUGUACCUUCAUGCACUGUCAUUAAAAUUUUUAUUAAAUAGACCCUACGAACCUUAUUCAAAUUAGUUGUGUGCCUUUUUCCCCCCUUUAGUAACUUACAAUGAGUAGGAGGAGUUUUAUGUUUACAUUUGUAUUUGAGGAAAGGAAAAUAUUUUACUUUCUACCAACUUUCUUUUCUGUUUAAAAACAUUUUAAUUAUUUUAUCAGUCACUUUAGUGCUUUUAAUCAGGUUUUAAAAAAUAAUAUACAGUUUGGAUAAAACUAGAAGAAUAUAUUUGUCUCAGUUUAAAAGUGACUUGCCUAAAAUUUUGGUUCAUCUUACCGAGAGUCAAAUUCAGGACCUCCCCUCUGCCGGGCAGGCACAGUGCCACUGAGCUGGUCCCUGCCCCUGGUUCAUCUUCUGACUGGAACCCAGUGCCCUUUGAGGUCCAUUGUAGUCUCAAAGGCAGAUUUAUAAACAUGAUUUCAGACAAAGUGCAGGGCCUGUAUUUAAUUAUCUUGGGCUGGUGUUUGUAAUAAAAGAAAUUAGAGAGUUUGAACAUGUCAGGGAUGGAUUUCUAGCCCAGAUGUUCUUUACUACUAUUUCUCUCAGUAAGUUUACUGUUUAUAUUCAGGAUUUUUUCUUAAGAGAAGUUACCACUGAGGUUGUGUAUCAUUUUUAGCUCAAGCCCAGGGGUUGGUGAACUUUCUCUGUAAAGAGCCAGAUUGUAAAUAUUUUUGGCUUUGUGCUCUGUGUGUCUCAGGUGUUCCACUCUGCUGUAGACAGUACAUAAAUGAAUGAGCAUGGCUAUAUUCCAGUAAAACCUAGUUGACACUGAAUUUGAAUUUCAUAUGAUUUCAUAUAUCAGAAAUGUUCUUUUGACUUUUAAUAUCUAUUUAAAAGUGCAAAACCUAGCUGGGCAUUUUGGUACAUGCCUGUAAUUCCAGCAAUCAGGAGACUGAGGCAUGAAGAUCACUAUGAGUUUGAGGCCAGCCUAGGCUACAUAAGUGAGUUCAAGGCCAGCCUGCACUAUAGAGUGAGAUCUUGUCUCAAAAAAAAAUUUCUCAUCCUGAGGAAAAAAAAAAAAAGAAAGAAAGAAAAGAAGAAAAACUCAUCCUUUCCUUGCGGCUGAAAAAAACAGGAAAUAGGCUGGAUUCCUGAAUUGUGAUUUUCCUGUACUUGUUCUGUGAGGGAUGCAUGAGUGUAUCACAAUCAGUUGUAAAUUAUACUGCGAAUGACUUACUCCUGGUCAAUAAAAUAUCCAAGUUAGUAAAUAACUUGGUUUUACAAUAAAUCAUAAUUGAAUUAUUAUUAUAAAUAAAUGGCAUAGUGGCAUUCCCAGGCUCUUAUAUUCUAAUAUAUUUUCUAGAGUUUAUGCCAAAGAGAUGACAGUAAAGUGCAGAGCUGAUAAGCUACAGUUUUGUUUACCUAAGCUGUGGCAGCAUAAAGUUUUGUUAUUGAACUGCCCUUCAUGGUGAUAAUUUUGAUGUUUCACAGUAAUUUAUUUCUCAAUUUAUCAAAAUACGCCACACCUGUGGGAGUUUUACAUCUGGUAUAUAGCAUCUACUGUGUAAUGGAAAAGUGUUUGAGGACCGUGCACUAGGCCAAAUGCUGAGAUGUAUAUUCUUUGUUGUUGUAUAUACUUAUAUAUCCUUGUUCUCUAAACAGAAUUGAUUUUGUUCAGUGAGCAGUUUUAUUGUCCACAGUGUAUAUAUAUAUAUUUGUACAUACAUGAUGGGGUAUGAGUAUGUUUAUACAUAAAUGCAUAUAUAUACAUACCACAGCAUUUUAAGGACUUUGUCAGGAUUGUUUCUGUUUUCGAUUUCUUGAACACUUUAUUUAUUUUUAUUUUGUUUUAUUUCUUUGAGGUACCAGGAAUCGAACUCAGGACCUUGUAUUUGCCAGGCAAGCGCUAUACCACUGAGCUAUAUUCCUGGCCCCACUGAACAUUUUAAAACCCAAGAGAUAAAACAUUACGUACGUUACAGGGAAAUACGCCCUCGAGUUUAUAGUAAUUUAGUUUAUAUGUAGGAAUUCCUGUAUUCUUAGUGGAGCCUUGCCUCCUCUGUUGAACAUUAAGUGAAAGUGCCAGGCAUGGUGGCGCACACUUGUAGUCCCAGCACUUAGGAGGCUGGAGGGUUGCUGAGACUUCAGGGCCAGCCUGGGCUACACAGUGAGUUCAAGGCCAGUCUGAACUACAUAGUUACAUAGCAAGACUCUGUCUCAAAAAAAAAAAAAAAAAAAGAAUAGAUAAAGUGUCAUCCUUGAAUUUGAGUUUUCUGUACUAUAAGAAGCCAUGACUAAUAUUGGCCAAGAAAUUGGCAUGUUAAUGGACUCUAUUUACCUUUCAUAGUUAGAUUCUCAAUUCAGUUAGCAUAUUAUUUAGUUUCAAGUUGUUCUUCUUUGUUUUCACAUUUAACAAAUGACUUGCAUAUAACUUUCUUAAAAAUGGUAGCUAAGCUAGUGUGAUUUUAAAUAUAUCUGGCAACUGAAGAUUUAUGUGCUGCAGUAAGUUUUUCAGUUAAAACACACUGAAGUUAAGUGAAUGUUUUCAGUUUUAUUCUAAUCUGUUCUGUUGGGUGAAUAACCAUUCAUUUUGUUUCUUCUGGAGAGUAAUCAAUUUUCUAAGAUUUCGGGAUGCUCGGUGGGUAUGGCAUUCACCCAGGUCACUAAAGUCGUUACUGUUUUGUCACCUAGAAUGUCCUGGUCACAUGAAAAAGUGAACACAGCUUCCCCACAUGCCUUAUUCCCACUGACAUGUUGAUAUGCUGGAACACUCUGGCUCCAGGAGUAUUAUACUUUUUGAGACUGUCUAUAAAAUACUAUUUUGUAAAAACUAUGCCUUUAAAUUGACAUUUAUGGGUUAUAUUUGUUUAUAAUAAUUGUGUACCUAAUGUUCAAUUGUGAUUGAUUUUGAGAUUAUAUAUAAAUGUAUAUUUAUAAUCCUGUCUAUGUGAAUUUUUACUCUAAAAUGUGUGGUACAUUACUAAUAAAGACAUGAAUUUCUAUUUAUGUAAAAUAAUUGUGGCAAUAUUCCUAAAUGCUACCUAAAUGAUUGUUCUGUCCAUUUACCAUUAUAACUACUUUUAUCUUUAGAGGAUUAUGUUGUAGUCAGAAUAUAUUAGAUUUAAACUUCAGAAUAUAAAUUUUCAACAUAGUUUGAAAUUCUUCCUGUUGGUGUAAUUAAAAUUAGUUUACAAUUCCGUAA